AUGACGGUAGCGCAGGUUGAAUUUCCCGAGGCAUACGCGAUCUGCAAGCAGUUUACGCUAAGCGUGGCGCAAAUGCUCGAAAUCAGGGCACGGCUCAGAGGUGAAAUCGAAAAAGGUCUUGGCAAGGAGACAAAUCCAACGGCAGUGGUUAAAUGCUAUGCCAACUAUAUACACACAUUACCCACGGGUAAGGAGACGGGUAAAUUCUUGGCGCUCGAUAUUGGCGGCAGAGUCUUUCGAGUCAUGCAUGUGACAUUGAAUGGCACACCGGAUGUAGAUAUUAUAUCCAAAAGUUUUGUGGUGGAUAAGGCGCUGAUGACAGCAAGUGGUCAAAUUUUUUUUGAUUUCAUAGCCGAAUGUCUGCAUACAUUUUGCAAGGAGCUAGCUCCCGGCGUUGGUUACUUGCCGCUGGGUUUAUGCUUUGCGUUUCCCAUUAAAAAAAUUGGUCCUAACAAAGCCAUACUUACCACCUGGACAAAGGGCUUCAGUUGCCCAGAUGUAGUGGGCCAGGAUGUGGUACAAUUGCUGCAGGAGGCCAUAGAGCGACGUGGUGAUCUCAAAAUAAGAACUGUGGCCAUAAUUAAUGACACUACGGCGACGCUUAUGUCCUCCGCUUUUAGGCAUAAAAAUUGUCAAAUGGGCAUUGUGGUUGGCACAGGUUGCAAUGCUUGUUACUUGGAGGAUUCAAAGAACGUUGAGCUGCUCGAGGAAGCUGAGCGCAACAAGCAUCCAAAAACUAUUGUGAAUUGUGAGUGGGGCGCAUUUGGCGACAAUGGCGCAUUGGACUUUGUACGCACGCCCAUCGAUCAGUUGCUGGAUAGCGAGUCCAUAAAUCCGCGCAAGCAAACUUUUGAAAAAUGCACCUCGGGCUUGUACAUGGGCGAGCUGCUGCGUCUGAUACUCAUAGAGCUGCUGGAUAAAGGUGUCAUCUUUAAGAAUUUCAAGUCCGAUUUGCUGCGUGAGCCCGGCAAGCUAGAGCCCAAGUUUAUAUUUCAAAUAGAGUCGGAUUUGCCCGGGCAAUAUCAUAACACAGCUGCCGUUAUGGACUAUUUUGGUUUUCGUCGCGUAUUAAGGCGUGAUUUGGACUGUGUGCGUUAUAUUUGUCAGACUAUAACAAAGCGCUCGGCGCAGCUGGUGGCCUGUGGCAUCGCCUGUCUGAUUGACAAGGUCAAGUGCACGGACUGCAGCGUAGGCAUCGAAGGAGGUGUCUACAGAUUUCAUCCCAAUUACCACGACUACUUGUUGUACAAUGUAACGUUGCUGAUGAAGGGCGCAGCUCGAUGUGAAUUGGUGCUGUCGGAUUAUGGUGCGGGUUUGGCUGCAGCAUUGGUGGCUUCUGUUGCACGCAAGUCGGUGACUCCGCGCAUCAGAAGCGUAUUGCCCAAGGUAUAUGGUCUUACUGGAAAUAAGCCGACUAUUCGCAAUUUUUGGUCACGCAUCUGGUCCAAGUUUAGUUAG